AUGUUUUGCCUCGGUGGAUUGGUAGGUUUUUGCGCGAACAAGUACCCCGCCUUCAAACCUUUCGUGUGGAUUUGUUAUAUGGAUGUAGAUGUCAUGAUGACUAUUUUCUUGCCGAUAUUAAUGUUCAAUACUUCAUACACUGUCGAUUCUCACGCAUUCUGGAAGAGUUUCCCGCAAAUUGUUCUCGUUGGUGUACCCGGAGCUCUCUUGACUGCUCUGUUGGCGGCCUUUAUGGCUUAUUAUUUGAUAGAGUCCUCUUGGAACCUAGCCACAUCAAUGCUCUUUGGUAUCAUAUGCUCCCCGAUAUACCCAAUGGAAGUGGUACAAAAAUUGAAGGAGAUGUCAAAAGGAAAAUAUAUAAGUGUGCUUCUACUUGGCGAAGGUUUGAUAGGGGAUGCGACAACUAUGAUAGCGUUUACCGCUGUAUACGGAUAUUUGGCCAUGGCACUAACACGGCCUUCGCAAAUCGCAUUGCUUCUAGUACGGCUGUUGGUAUACACUUCCAUGACUCCUAUAUUACGCCACGUGGGCUAUGGAAUGACCUGGCAAUUAAGUUUAGCUUGCGUAUGGGGCGGCCUUAGAGGGCCGCUGACGCUCUGCUUGGCUGUGAUGGUACUCCAGACACCUGCUGUGGCCGAUGCUGGCGAGGUAAACAUUCUAAGAUACUUGGGGGGCUAAUUGUCAAAUUUUAAAGCCAAUCACAAUACUUUUCAAUUUGAAGUUUGAAAGAUUUUCACGCUACAAAUAUUUGACAUGUUUUAGCGAUUGUAAUCGUUUUUUUAAGUUUUUUAAUGAACGAUAUUGUUUAUUUAACAUUAAUUGGAUUUGUCUAAUGCGCACGUAAGAUGCAAUGUAAAUUUUACUAUGUUUCUUCAUCAUUCGUUCCGAAAGCGAUGCGACUUUAAUAGUUACAUAAUUCCAUAACUAUUUAUCACAAUCGUUAUACCUUUGAAGUAAUUGGGGUAAAUUAGGAAAUUGGACAAUUAGGCCACAGAAUAGUUCAUUGGUGAACACCAGGUUCUUCCUAUGCAAUGAAGAAAUUAGCCACAGAAAAUGAUGUCUUAGCAAUAUCAUGUUGAUAUUUUAUUUCAGUAUACUAUUUCGACGUGUCUUUUUAUUGCACGACAAACGGUCAGUUGCACAAACGCUCAAUUAAG